UCUGGUAGAAGGAAGACUGAAAUGUAGCCGACUUCUUUAUAGUACCACAAAACAAACGUAAUUGAGCGGUCUGUCUAAUGGCGCCCUGUCUGCUUUGUUGAUCGGUCCUCGGUUGCACCCCUUGUACGCGCGUGUCGCUGUCCUCCGCCAAUUCCUAUCUCCAGGGCGUCUGACCGGCGGUGGGCGAGUUGGGGUGUGUCUGCGAGCGAGCGAGAGAGAGGGAGGGAGCGUGCGUUUCAGAUAGCUUGGACACCACACGACUCAAAGACAGCCUGGAACCAUGAAGAAACAUCAGAGCCCGGCAAAACAACCACCAGCUGAAGUCACCAUACCAGACAACGAGGUUACUGUGCAACAACUGAACGAGCUUCUGUCGAAUGGCAGUGGAUUUUACAGUUUACCAACACAACAUUUCAACGAGGUGUUCCCCAGAAUAUACGUUGGUAACGCGUUUGUAGCACAGAAUGUGAUGCGCCUGCAGAAACUCGGGGUGACGCACAUCCUGAACUCGGCGGAGGGCAACUCCUUCAUGCACGUCAACACCAGCGCAGGGUUCUAUUCCGGCACGGGCAUCACCUACCACGGCAUCAAGGCCAACGACACGGAACAGUUCAACCUCUGCGCCUUCUUCGAAGAGGGGGCGGACUUCAUCGAGAAGGCCCUGGCGCACAAUAACGGAAAAGGGAAGGUGUACGUCCACUGUCGAGAAGGCUACAGCCGCUCCCCGACCAUGGUCAUCGCUUACCUCAUGCUGCGCCACAGAAUGUCCGCCAGGCAGGCGGUCGCCACGGUGAGGCACAAGAGAGAGAUUGGCCCCAACGUCGGCUUCCUGCGCCAGCUGUGCCAACUCAACGAGAAGAUGGCAAAGGAGGGCAAGCUGAACGGAGAGGUUGGCAAGUUAAAGACCAAAUGAGAAGGAUUGAGAGAGACACAAAUCCUUCUUCCAUUCUGCCUUUACAGGUCUCAGCUGCCCCCCCGGAAGAGCCAACAACACUUGACCGACCCGAACCAGCAUAUACUCAGACACGCCACACCACUGCAACACACACUCGCACAUCACACACACAUUUACAAGUUAAAAACACUCACAGUCUCACACUUCUAUAUCUCUCCUCUUCUUCCUGUGCCACACACACACACAAACACCCCUACACACAUCUGUCACGCUGCCAUCCUCAUUCUCACCAUCGCUUUUCCCUGAAGAUCUGUGAGGGUACAUCUGCCUGAUAUCCGGCUGCUCUCACACUGAAGGAGAGGUUAGGCAAGGAGAGACUGGAGCCUUCUCCAAACACGGCUCAAUGCUCCCCUCUCAUUCCUGUUCUAUCUCCCUGUCUCCUCAGUCCACACAGGCAGACAUCUGACUGUACCCCUAAACCCCGAACACAACCCCAAAGUGUCUGUGUUGACCUGAGAUGUAAAGCAUUCCCUUAACCACACAUGUAGUUUACUUUCACACGCUUCCCUUUUUGGAGCAAAGACGUUGACAAUGUGGUUUAAAUCCUAGAUUAUAGCACAACUAUUGUUUCCCAGUAGAUUGUAACCAUUCCAUAGUUUCCCACUGCCCUGCAGUCUCUGCCCUGCACCUCAGAGUGUCUGAGGUAACAAAUAAUGUCAUAGCAUAAAAGGACACCUUUCCCUGCUCUUCCUGGGAGUGUGGGAUAUUCCGAGACGUAGACAUUAGGAGGAGGCAGUACACAGGAGGUAGUGUAGGGAUAUCAAAGCAUCAUGGUGAUUCCUGUAAAAGAUGCUGCCACAUUUUAUAUGAAGAAAUAAGAUUAAACAUUCCAUGAAGAGAGAGAAUACCCCCCUUUGAGUUUUGACACUUCAGGCCUCGAUGACCCACACACCCCUGCAGACAUGCACUGAAUGAAUCCAGAAUCUAGUAUACUUGUGCCCCUGUGUGUGCACACUCGUCCGUCCCAAUCCACCCUAACUCAACGCAGUCUUUCUCAUUUCCUCAGCCCACAAAACCUCCUCCCCUUUUCUAGCGGAUCAAGUGCAUUUACACGGGAAUCUCCCCAUUCACAAAGACGCACUUGUCAUGCCAGACAGUUAUCCACUGCCAAACACCCGUGACACCCAACGUCGUUCCAACUGUCCAACAACGUCACAGUCGUUUGUCUUAGGCCUGUUCAUGUCCACUGCCUUGUUCCUGUAUGUACUACAUUUUACAUUUACAUUUAGUCAUUUAGCAGACGCUCUUAUCCAGAGCGACUUACAGUAAGUACAGGGACAUUCCCCCCGAGGCAAGUAGGGUGAAAUGCCUUGCCCAAGGACACAACGUCAGUUGGCAUGACCGGGAAUCGAACUGGCGACCUUCAGAUUACUAGUCCGACUCCCUCACCGCUCAGCCACCUGACUCCCUAGAGAUGCGAGAUGACAACUACUAACGUCCGACUGCAUCUGGCUUAGUACACAGACGCAGGGUUGAAUGACAAGGGUUUUCUGUCUGUAAUAGUACAUUGCAGUAUAUGUCAAUAUGUCAAUCAUCCCACUAUGUUUAUGAUAUAUCAACGAGAAUGCCCAAGACAUGACAAUGUAUGUAUUAUAUGUUACAUAGACACAUGAUACUAUAAUAGCUAGUAGUCCGGUCUGUAUUAUGGUAGGCCUCGGAUUGGACUUCAUUUAGUGUAGGUAAAAAGUUGGCGCUGUAAAGGACUCGCGCUUUUGUGUUGAAACCGACGAGCUCGCUCGACUUCAACGCAUAAAGGAUGUUCGCCCCUCAAACAUUCAUACGAGGUGUUAACCCUUCUGAUGCUCCCCGGGUCUCCACUUCAUGUUCAAACGGAGCCGCCAGCCCUAACAUCAGCCAGCCCUCGCCAGUCACACUAACGAGGAGAGGGGAGAGAGUCCAUCACUCACCGUAGAUCCCCUUAGAUUCCACCGCGUGCACUAAAGAGGGCGCUAGUGCGCGUAGCUCGCGCGGCUCAUCCCACGAGUCAGUUCUCGUAGCGCUCACGCUACGACGCCCGAGGGCUCGUCUGCGUCCGAGACCAAGCCGGCUCCGCUUCUCCCAAUAGAGGAGAAGACUGACACUAAGAAACUAGGUUACAUCGUGACAUACAACACUAUCUAUUCCUCUUUCCGUGUCUAUAUACAUAUGAAUAUAUACAUGUACUGUAUAUACAUAUUUAAGUGUUGACAUAUAUGAAUGUAACAGCAAUGUGUCUAUAAUGUGUAGGUAUCGUAAGUACAUGUGUUAGUCCUUAUGUGUUAGUCAUUCUGUAAUUAGAUAUUAUACACCAUUGCAAACAGCUUUUCAUGUCAACAUCACCGUCCACCCUCGUCUUUCCUUCCCAGCUGUUGGUGCUGUGUAGUGCAUCAGGGCUGGUACGGCUUUCAUGUGUUUGUUUUGACCUUAGUUUUCAGGAGAACUCGAAAUAUUGUAGUAUGCACAGAAUGGGGUUUGGAUUGUAGAUGUAUUGUGAGUAGAAUGUAUUGAUUCUGUGAGUCACAGCAGGUGGAAAAGGAUUGUCCACUUUCACCGUUAUUCUGUGUUCUCUGAACACCAGUCAUAAUCCCAUCACCCCUCCCCAACCGCCUGUCACCAGCCCACAGAAGGCAGUCCUGUGAAGAGUCAAUCUGAGAAUGAAAGGAUAAUCUGAAAGGAUAAUCUGAACCUAUCAUUAAACAUUCCUGUGUAAUCCCAAAAUCUAGGAUUUGAAUAACCCUCGAACUAACAACUUUAGUCACAGAGGAAAAACUCAGUACCAUGCCACAAACCAACCACUGCGCCAAGACUAUCUGCUCUGCAACCUACUGUUCAAUAGGUCUUUUUAAACGUUUUUAAACUGGCUUUGUGACUCCACACACUGGUUUGUUUUGCUCCAAUAUUUGUGUCAAAUGUAGGAGUGAUUAUCCUACCGAAACACAAAAAGCAACAACUGAAUUUUAAGAUUUACAGUUCAUUUGUAUGAAUAAUACCUUCCAAACGGUCCAAGAUGAGGGUAUUUCUUUUAAAGCAUUAACUGCCUACAGUUACACCCAUAGAAGUGGUUCACAGGGAACUUUGUUAGUACCUGAGUUCCACAAAUAAGGUUACUUUCAAUUAACACAAGUGAUCAGGAAGUGAAGGAUCAUGGGACCGAGUUGUUGAGCACCAUCAUCUGUACACUCACCCUUUCAUUUGUUGAGAAAUACUGCCACCUGCUGGUUUCAUGAUUCCAGUGGCCUGCACAAAUUUUUCAAUUAUUUCAUGGCUAUUUUGAGUCCUUGUUAGAUACAUUUUCUGCAGUACUUGAUACACAUUGUCAGUAUUGUGAACCAAUAACUGUGCAUAAGGCAGGACUAUGUUGUUCUUUGGAAUGUUAUUUGAUUGGUUAUCCAAAGGAUACGUUGUACUAAGGUUUAAACACAUUAUCUUGUGGUUAUGUUUUUGGUAUGUGCUGUAUUGUCAAGAAUGUCAAUUGUGACCUUCCUGUAGUGUGUAAUGCUAUAUACUGGGUAAGUUACAUGCACUGUGGCUAUUGUGGAUAAUAUGACGCAAUGAUGACAGUUACUAGAUAUUUUCAUCAGCCCACUAGUAAUAUACGCUGCAACACAUUCUUUUGUUUGUUUGUUUUGGACAAGGACAUUGAAUGUUGGGUAAGACUUGUGUGCAUCAGAUGACCCAACUGUAUGGAGUAACUGUCCAUUCUGCUAGUGCUUUCUUUGCCGUGCCAAUGAAUGCUGCUCUUGUUAUUAUUCUUGUACAACCCUCAGAAACGUAGAGGCCUCCCACAUAGGCCUCUUUCACAUAACUCCCCAUAUGGACCCUUGUCAGCUGUCACCGACGGGAUGUCAAACACGUUCUCAUGACGACCGUGCCACCUCUGUUUAGGCACUAGCGGGAGAUAUAGCACAAAUGACUCCACUGCCUACCCAUCCACCUGUCAACGUCAUCACCUGACGUUCUCUCAACGUUCCAUUUAUGUUGUAUUGAUGUCACUGAGGAUGCACCUCCGUGGGGGCAUUGUUACGUGUUGUUACGGCGCACUGAAGGGGUUGGGUUUUCAUCCAGUAGGGUCAUCCAGUGGGGUCAUCCAGUGGGGUCCUUUCUCACGACAGUGUUUAGCGGGGCACUGCUAGGAAAGGGGGAGAAGGAAGACUAGUUGCGACAGGAAUGAUACAGCAUCCCACCUAAAGCCUUACACUGAAGAUGGAUUGGAUCUAUUUUUGAUUUGUGUAUUCACUUCACACUCUAGGUGGGACUGCACCCCUCAGGAGGUGACACUGUUUGUGGAAGUGCACUUGAUUUUAAACUUGCAAUGUUAUUUUUCUUACCUUUGGAAAGUUGUUUCUUUCUUAUGUUAUACAAUAAAUGGCUAAAGAUGUUAA